AGCAUCUUAAAGACUUAAGCGCUGCAAAAGAAGACGGGUUCAGUCCUACUAAAAGCAAACCUUUAAGAAGAAGGUGAAGAACAACUUUGAUUUGUACACUGCAAACUUUUUUGGUGUAGAAGAAAAAUGAUGAAGUACUACCAGUGCCCUGUGACCCAGAGCGUGACCUACGAAGGCUGCAGCUCCAAACCUGUUUGUCCAGCAUCCUGCUUCCACACUCCCGGGUCCAUAAAACCCAUUCGCAGUGUCCACUUCCCCAACGAUGUGGUCUUCCUGGAUUACGUCCGUCAAGGAGAGCUGGAGAGGAUCGGGCGCUUCAUUCGGACUAGAAGAGUGAACUUGGAAACCAUCUACCCUUCAGGUAUGGCAGCUAUCCACGAGGCCGUUCUGUCUGGAAACCUGGACUGUGUGAAGUUGCUGGUGGAGAGCGGAGCAAAUAUCAUGCAGAGAGACAAGGACGGCUGGACACCCCUCCACAUGGCUUGCAGUGAUGGAUUUCCACGUAUCGCAGAGUACCUGCUGUCUCUGGGUGCUGAUCCAGAGGCUGAGAAUGAGUGUGGAGAAAAACCUGCUGAUUUGAUUGAUUCGGACUGCAAGGAACUGGUCGAGAUGUUCGGAGUUGGAGAUUGAAUCUGGACCACUUCUGCUCUUUGAUUCAUUACAAUCUCUUCUAUCCUCACGGAUGUGAUGCUGAUGGAGAGGACCAGAAGGAAAUGCUGCAAUGUGCAGCUCUUCUUGUGAAUUCCACGCUUAAGGCCCUUGGUGACAGCAGUCUAGUCUUGAACGUGCUGAGGAUGACAUGGUUAGACGUAUGGACAUGUGGCAGUACAGAAAUGACAGUGACUGUUCAGAGCUGUUUCAGUGAAUAAAAAAGACAGAACAGUUAUUGUACUUUGUGUUUAACUGAAAUAUUUUUACACACUGCAUGAUUUCUAGCAGCUGUACUUAAUAUUACUAACUCUUGUAAAUUUUUUGUUGUCAAAGUUUUUCUUUUGCUUCCACACAGCUUUUGAAUCCAGAAUAUGAAA